GUUAGUGUUCAGAGGGAGGGAUCUGGGGCUCCAGUAGUGUCAGAUACAGUCUGUGCUGUAGUGUAGCAUGGACAGCACAGUUACAGUCUGUGCUGUAGUGUAGCAGGGACAGCACAGUUACAGUCUGUGCUGUCGUGUAGCAGGGACAGCACAGUUACAGUCAGUGCUGUCGUGUAGCAGGGACAGCACAGUUACAGUCUGUUGUCGUGUAGCAGGGACAGCACAGUUACAGUCUGUUGUCGUGUAGCAGGGACAGCACAGUUACAGUCUGUUGUCGUGUAGCAGGGACAGCACAGUCAGAUCCUGGAGGGGUUGAACACGGUGCUUUUUAGUGUUUUUCAACCUGAGAACCCCUGGAGGGACUUUAAGACCAGCGGAGGAUGGAGUACAGUAGAUCAUGGAGAUCAAGCUACUCAGUGGCCCCCCAGGUCCCCCCAGCCUCCCCAGAAAAGACCAGGAAGGAGGUCAUGUCCAAAGGUUCCAGUGGUAUGGAGGUGAUCCUGGCGUCUCUAGAGAACACACGGGAUCUGCAAACCAUCCUGAACAUUCUGUACAUCCUCAAUGAGCUGUUGACCGUGGGCGGGGGGCGCAGGGUGGGGGUGUUUGUGUCGAAGGGGGGGACAGGCGUUCUGCUCCAGCUGGUCCUCUCUGCCAGCAAGGACACGCCCCCAAGCGAGGAGCUCCUGCUGCAGCUGCACUCCCUGCUCGCCAAGGUCGGACCAAAAGACAGGAAGUUGGGUGUGAAGGCUCGUUUGAACGGUGCUCUGAACGUGACUGUGACCCUGCUGAAGCAGAACCUCCAGAACAACAAGCUGCUGCUGCCAUGUCUGCAGGUCCUCAGGGUCUACUCUGCCAACUCCGUCAACGCCAUCUCCCUAGGGAAAAAUGGUGUAGUGGACCUCAUGUUUAAGAUCAUUGGGCCUUACAGCAAGAAGAACACCACUCUGCUCAAAGUCUCUCUGGACACCCUGGGGGCAAUGCUGAAGUCCAAGACGAACGCCCGGCGUGCGGUGGACCGGGGCCAUGUGCCGGUGCUGCUGGCGGUGUACCAGGACUGGCACCGCAACGACACGCGCCACCGCCACAUGCUGAUCCGGAAGGGUCUGCUGACCUGCCUGAAGAACGUCACCAACAUCAAGCUGGGCAGGAAGGCCUUCGUAGAGGCUGACGGCAUGAGGGUGCUCUACAACACCUCCACGGAGUGCCUGCCAGUACGCACCCUGGACCCCCUGGUCAACACGUCCAGCCUGAUCAUGAGGAAGUGCUUCCCUAAGAACCGCCUCCCCCUGCCCACCAUCAAGAGUGUGUACCAGCACCUGCUGCCCCACCUCUCAGCAGGGGGGCCUGUGGCCCAGCUCUACAGCCAGCCCCCGGGGGGGGCCUGUAGAAAGCAGGUGUACGUGAAGCCCUCCAGGGUGGAUGAUGUCGUGGAUGAGAGUGACGAUAACGAGGAGGCUGAGGGAGACACGGAGAACGACACAGAGAACGAGGAGGAUGAGAAGGACCACAAUGCCGCCAACGACGACAUUGAGACGGACCUGAACAAGCUGCGUCCCAGGGAGAACCCCAGACGUCCGUUUGACGAGCUCAGGGUGUACGAGCGCUUCUUCCUGGAGCUGUCUGAAGACUUCCAGGGCUUCAACUUUGAGACUCAGAAGACAGGCCUCACCGGAACACAAGCGUCAAACAAGACACAGCGACCAAUCAUCCUCCCCACAGCUCAGGCUUUGCCCCCCAAACGGCCUAUCCCUGCACGGGCAGAGAGUCACCUGGCCAAAGGGGAACACGCCUCCUCCCCAGCCCCGCCCCCUCCAUUGGAACUGGACAGCAUCCUCAUUAGCAAGGACCAAGACCGCCCGCCUGGCCACGCCCCCAGACCCACCCCGGGGGCGGGGCUAGAGCAGGAACUGGCUGACAAGAUGGAGCGGGUGUCCCUGGAAGGGGCGGGGCCACCGAGCGGAGCCGGAGGAUUGGGCGAAGCCGCGGCUGGGCGGCAAGUACAGCCUCCCUUAUUGGCCGGGGGCGUGGCCGGGGGCGUGGCUUCAUGGCGGGCAGCAGGAGGAGGGGUAGGAGUCGAGGGCUUGGGGGAGGAGGGGCCUGAGGAGGAGGGGGCGGUGCUGGAGGUGCCAGACACGGCUCUGCUCCUCCCCCUCCACGACCCUGACCUGUACGUGGAGAUGGUGAAGAGCACCUCCUCCGUGCCCCGCUUCUCAGAGGUGGCCUACCCAGACUACUUUGGCCACGUGGCGCCCACCUUCAGAGAGCCCAUCCUGGAGAGAGUAUACGGAGUGCAGAGGUCUAAGAUCUUCCAAGACAUCGAGAGGAUGAUCCACCCCAAUGACAUCCUGGACAAGGUGGUGUACGACCUGGACGUCCCCAGCUGUCCAGUCCUGGAUGAUGGAGAGUCGCUCAAGUUUAACUCCCAGUUCGAGUCUGGCAACCUGAGGAAGGCUAUUCAAGUCAGGAAGUUUGAGUAUGACUUGGUGUUGAACUCGGACAUCAACAGCAAUCACUACCACCAGUGGUUCUACUUUGAAGUGAGUGGCAUGCGCGUGGGCACCCCCUAUCGCUUCAACAUCAUCAACUGUGAGAAGUCCAACAGCCAGUUCAACUACGGCAUGCAGGUGCUGAUGUACUCUGUGCAGGAGGCGAUCAGUGGUAGACCUCGCUGGGUCAGAACAGGCACAGACAUCUGCUACUACAAGAACCACUUCUCCCGUAGCUCCCUGGCGGCGGGGGGCCAGAAGGGAAGGUCCUACUACACCACCACCUUCAGCACCGCCUUCAGCCACAGGGACGACGUCUGCUACUUCGCCUACCAUUACCCAUACACCUACUCUACUCUCAAGAUGCACCUGGCCAAGCUGGAGGCCCUGAGGACCCCCCAGAUCUACCUGCGUCAGGACGUGCUGUGUGACACGCUGGGGGGGAACCCCUGCCCGCUGCUGACCAUCACCGCCAUGCCAGAGUCCACCAGUAAUGAGCACAUCUGCCAGCUCCGGAACCGUCCGCUGGUGUUCCUGUCGUCGCGGGUCCACCCAGGAGAGACCAACGCCAGCUGGGUGAUGAAGGGAACCCUGGAGUUCCUGAUGGGCACCAGCCCCCAGGCUCACAGCCUCCGAGAGAGCUACAUCUUCAAGAUCGUCCCCAUGCUCAACCCUGACGGGGUGAUCAAUGGCAAUCACCGGUGCUCUCUGAGUGGGGAGGACCUGAACAGACAGUGGCAGAGCCCUGUUCCUGACCUGCACCCCACCAUCUACCACACCAAGAGCCUGCUGCAGUACCUGGCUGCCAUCCAGAGGGCGCCGCUGGUGUUCUGUGACUACCACGGUCACUCCAGGAAGAAGAACGUAUUCAUGUAUGGCUGCAGUGUGAAGGAGACUGUGUGGCAGUCCAACAUCAACGCCACCAGCUGUGACCUGCACGAGGACAUGGGCUACAGGACCCUGCCUAAGAUCUUGUCCCAGACUGCCCCUGCCUUCAGCAUGGCCAGCUGCAGCUUCGUGGUGGAGCGCUCUAAGGAAGCCACAGCCAGGGUGGUGGUGUGGAGGGAGAUAGGAGUCCAGCGGAGCUACACCAUGGAGAGCACGCUGUGUGGCUGUGACCAGGGCAAAUACAAAGGGCUCCAGAUCGGCACCAGGGAGCUGGAGGAGAUGGGAGCCCAGUUCUGUGUGGCCCUGCUCAGGCUGAAGCGGCUGACCUCCCCCCUGGAGCUCCGUCACCAUCCUCACCUGCUGGACGUGGAGGGCGACCUGAUCGAGACGCGCGUCAAAGUAGCCAGCAGCCCGACCACCUACGUGCUGGAGGAGGAUGAGCCGGCGUUCCUGGAGGAGGUGGACUACAGCGCCGAGAGCAACGACGAGGACCCCGACAACGACCCCGACAACGACCCCCAGGACAGCCUGGUCCGCUCCGAGGCCAACCAAAGGGACUCGCUCACCUAACCUGACCCCUGACCUCUGACCCCUGACCCCUGAUCUGACUCUGCUGCCUCACAGAUCUAACCAACCUGCCUUCUCUCUUUCAGCCUCCUCUCUCCUUCUCUCCCCUCUGUCCUCGCCUGCCCCUGACCUCACUUCCUCCUCAGUUCUGACCUAGGUUCUGACCUCACUUCCUCCUCCUGUCUGUGGUGCAUCAUGGACGUUGACAGUCCAUCCUCUAUCUGCCUUCACUGAUCCACAUGGUAGAAUGUUCGCGUGUUUCACACACGCUCACACACACACACACACACACACACUGCAUAUGUUAACUCACAUGUCUCAAAGUUGUCUUGAGAAACCACAAGGUAGAGAAUGUCCAGAUGUUACACACAGCUUGUGGUAGGAUGAAGUGGGCCGUAUGCAGUCCUUCAUAUUUCCAUAGCUAUAACAGUAUUACUAUUUAAACUCAAUAGCAGCAACGCACAAUACCACUAUCUCCCAGUAGCAUCCAGGUACUGACAGCUCUGUAGGAAGUUAGCUACAAGUGUUUGCACAUUGAAUUUACCAACUCACGAAGGUUUACUGUAUAAGAUGGAACCUCAAUUGGCAAAGCUUACCUCACACACACACACACACUCACAUACUGUCUUAAACACACACACAUUCUUUCUCACAUACACACACACUUUCUCACACACACACACAAUAUAAAACAGGUCAUAGCUCAGCCCAAAGCUGAGCCGGUGUGAAUGUCGUAGUGAAUCCACUCCCCGGCCUCUGGAUGUGGAGGGAGCUUGCCUGUAGAGGAGCUCCACAGGGGCGCGGCACGGAGAAUGAUUGGUGCUUUUUUUGGGGUGGGUGGGGGUGGGUGGGUGGGGGUGCUAAGCAGAUCUCUGUUGUAACGAUAUUCUGGUUUUCUAGAUGUAGGUGUUAUUAAUGAUGUUUGUACAGUCAGCGCAUGGCUAUUUUAUGUUCUUUUUCUAAUUUAUUCGUCUGUAUUUUAUUUGUGAGAUGUUACACACACUGUUAUGUAAAUUAGGCUGUGUGUGGGUGCCCUGUGUGAAUGUAAGGUUGUGCGUGCGUGUGUGUGUUUGGAUUUAAGUUGCGUAAGAGGGAGUUGUCCAGUGGUGAACAGCUAAACAGACGGACAUGUUUUUGUGGGGAACUAAUACAGAGCGUUUUGAUUUGGUUGAAACAGAAAUGAUUUAACGCCUGCUAUGAAAUCAUUGGGAAUAAAUGUGAAUGUGAACUAUA